UUUCACCUCCAGGCAGAGGCUGCGGCUGCCCGUUGCGUAAAAGCAGCAGCCGCCGGGGCUCCAGGGGACUCCCUGGCCAUGGGAAGGACAUCCGGACCGGCGGGCGCCAGGGGCUCGGCUCCCUCAUUUUGGAUCGCGGUGUAGACACCUGAGUGAACCGUCCCUAAGCGAGGGAGGGGAAGUGACAGUGUAUCAUGUAUACCACUGAUUCCAGGGGACACUCCCCUGCUUUCCUACAGCCUCAGAAUGGAAGCAGCCAUCGCUCAUCUGGCUACGUUCCAGGCAAGGUUGUCCCACUGCGGCCCCCUCCUCCUCCAAAGAGCCAAGCUUCAGCCAAAUUUACCUCCAUCAGACAGGAAGCCCGGGCUACCUUUGCUCUUUCACCUGAAGGACAGCAAACCCAGAGAGAAAGCCAAAAGCAGAGAAGGCACAAAAAUACUUUCAUUUGCUUCGCUAUUACUAGUUUCUCAUUUUUUGUUGCACUUGCAGUCAUUUUAGGAAUAUCCUCCAAGUAUGCGCCAGACGAGAAUUGCCCAGAUCAAAACCCCCGUCUCAGGAACUGGGAUCCAGGACAAGAUCCUGCAAAGCAAGUUGUUAUUAAGGAAGGAGAUAUGUUCCGUCUGACCUCAGAUGCCACAGUGAAUUCUUUAGUCAUUCAGGAUGGAGGACUGCUUGUGUUUGGGGAUGAUAAGGAUGGAUUCAGAAAUAUUACUUUGAGGACUCGUUACAUCCUGAUCAAGGAUGGUGGGGCGCUUCAUAUUGGAGCAGAAAAAUGCCGCUAUAAAUCCAAAGCGACAAUUGCCUUGUAUGGCAAAUCAGAUGAAGGUGAAAAUAUGCCAAUAUUUGGCAAAAAAUUUAUUGGUGUGGAAGCUGGAGGGACACUGGAGAUCCACGGGGCACAGAAGGCAUCCUGGACAUUGCUGGCGAGAACUCUGCAUUCCUCAGGCUUGACCUUUGGGUCCUAUGUCUUUGAAAAGGACUUUUCCAGGGGUCUUAAUGUGAGGGUCAUUGAUCAAGACACGGCCAAAAUUUUGGAAAGUGUGAGGUUUGAUACCCAUGAAUACCACAAUGAGAGUAGGCGACUACAGGAAUUUCUGAGAGUCCAGGAUCCAGGACGCAUUGUUGCCAUAGCUGUCGGAGAUUCAGCAGCCAAAAGCCUUUUACAAGGAACCAUACACAUGAUCCAGGACCGCUUGGGAAGCAAGCUGAUCCAAGGCUUGGGUUACAGGCAAGCUUGGGCUUUGGUUGGUGUCAUUGAUGGUGGAAGUACUUCUUGCAAUGAAUCUGUGAGAAACUAUGAAAAUCAUAGUAGUGGAGGGAAGGCUCUUGCCCAAAGAGAGUUUUAUACUGUGGAGGGUCAGAAGUUCGCUGUGACAGCUUAUAGUGAAUGGAUUGAAGGAGUUUCACUUUCAGGUUUUCGAGUAGAAGUGGUAGAUGGAGUGAAACUUCACCUGUUGGAUGAUGUUAGUAGCUGGAAGGCUGGAGACCAGAUUGUGGUUGCAAGCACAGACUAUUCCAUGUACCAAGCGGAGGAGUUUACCCUUCUUCCCUGUCCUGAUUGCAGUCGAUUCCAGGUCAAAGUCAAAGAAACUCCUCAGUUCUUGCACAUGGGUGAGAUCAUUGAUGGUGUCGACAUGAGAGCUGAAGUUGGAAUUCUCACCAGAAAUGUUCUGAUCCGAGGAGAAAUGGAAGAUUCAUGCUAUGCUGAAAACCAGUGCCAAUUCUUUGAUUAUGAUACCUUUGGGGGACAUGUCAUGAUAAAUAAAAAUUUUACCUCCGUCCAUCUUUCUUAUGUGGAAUUAAAACAUAUGGGUCAGCAGCACUUGGGGCGCUAUCCUGUUCAUUUUCACCUGUGUGGAGACGUGGAUUAUAAAGGAGGGUACAGGCCUUCAACUUUUGUGGACGGCUUGUCCAUUCAUCACAGUUUCUCCAGGUGCAUCACUGUGCAUGGGACAAACGGCCUGCUGAUAAAAGACACCAUUGGAUUUGACACACUAGGUCAUUGUUUCUUUUUGGAGGAUGGCAUUGAACAGAGAAAUACUCUGUUUCACAAUCUGGGACUCCUCACCAAACCAGGCACCCUCCUCCCCACUGACAGGAAUAACUCCAUGUGUAUUGCCAUGCGAGAAAAAGUGUUUGAAAAUUACAUUCCUGUGCCAUCCACGGAUUGUAUGGCUGUUUCAACUUUCUGGAUUGCUCAUCCAAACAAUAAUCUGAUUAAUAAUGCAGCCGCAGGCUCACAGGAUGCUGGGAUUUGGUAUUUAUUUCACAAGGAACCUACUGGGGAAUCCAGUGGAUUGCAGCUCUCAGCAAAACCCGAACUUACUCCUUUGGGUAUAUUUUAUAACAACAGGGUCCAUUCAAGUUUUAAGGCUGGGUUAUUUAUUGACAAAGGUGUAAAAACAAGCAACGCCAGUGCUGCUGACCCAAGGGAAUACCUCUGUUUGGAUAACAGCGCAAGGUUUCGACCCCAUCAGGAUGCAGACCCUGAAAAGCCACGUGUUGCUGCUUUAAUUGACAGGCUCAUUGCUUUCAAAAAUAAUGACAAUGGAGCUUGGGUCAGAGGAGGGGAUGUCAUUGUUCAGAAUUCAGCAUUUUCAGAUAAUGGAAUAGGAUUGACCUUUGCCAGUGAUGGAAGCUUCCCCAGUGAUGAAGGGUCCAGCCAAGAGGUCUCUGAAUCCCUUUUUGUUGGGGAGAGCGGAAAUUAUGGCUUUCAGGGUGGCCAGAACAAGUAUGUAGGCAUUGGAGGAAUAGACCUGAAGCCUCGGACAUUACCUAGGAACAGGACAUUCCCAAUUAGAGGCUUUCAGAUAUACGAUGGGCCCAUUCAUCUCAGCAGGUGCACUUUCAAAAAAUAUGUGCCAACUUCAGAUAGGUAUACCAGUGCUAUUGGCUUCCUCAUGAAGAAUCCCUGGCAGAUAACUCCCAGGAAUAACAUCUCCCUUGUGAAGUUUGGUCCACAGGUGUCUCUGAAUGUCUUCUUUGGAAAGCCUGGCCCCUGGUUUGAAGAUUGUGAGCUGGAUGGUGAUAAAAACUCCAUAUUCCAUGAUGUUGAUGGCUCUGUGACAGGAUACAAGGAUGCUUAUGUGGGAAGAAUUGACAACUACCUGAUCCGCCAUCCAAACUGCGUGAACAUGACCAAAUGGAACGCAGUGAUCUGUAGCGGGAACUAUGCCCAGGUCUACGUGCAGACAUGGAGCACUCAGAAUCUCUCUAUGACUAUCACACGAGACGAGUAUCCAUCCAACCCCAUGGUACUCCGGGGCAUUAAUCAGAAGGCUGCCUUCCCACAGUACCAGCCUGUGAUAAUGCUGGAGAAGGGCUACACCAUCCACUGGAAUGGCCCAGCACCACGGACUGCUUUUUUAUACCUCAUAAACUUUGAUAAGAAUGACUGGAUUCGUGUUGGCCUCUGCUAUCCAUCCAACACAAGUUUUCAGGUGACCUUUGGAUUUCUGCAGCGACAGAAUGGCUCAUUAUCCAAAAUGGAAGACUAUGAGCCAGUGAAUUCAUUAGAAGAGCUACAGAGGAAGCAGUCUGAGAGGAAAUUCUAUUUUGACACCAACACAGGGUUGCUGUUUUUGUAUCUCAAAGCCAAAAGCCACAGGGAUGGCCACAGUUACUGCUCAUCUCAGGGAUGCGAAAGAGUCAAGAUCCAGGCAGUAACAGACUCAAAAAACAUCAGUAACUGCAUGGCUAGAGCAUAUCCCCAGUAUUACAGAAAGCCCUCCGCGCUCAAAGCAAUGCCUUCCAUGCUUAAAGGGCCCUGCCAAGGUUGUGGGACCCAUCAGGUGGUGUUUACUAGUGAUCCUCACAGAAACUACCUCCCCGUGCAGUUCCAGUCACCCAGUAAAGCAGAGACUCAGCAAGGGGACCCUUCUGUUAUCUCUGUCAACGGCACCGACUUUCCCUUCCGAAGUGCAGGUGUCCUGCUCCUUACUGUGGAUGCCUGCAGUGUUCCCUUCCGGUUGGUGGAAAAAAAGUUUUUCUCUCUCGCUGAAAUCAGUCGCCUGGAAGAAUACUUACAAACAGGCAUCUCUCCAAGAUCAAUUGUACUGUUGAGCACAAGAGGAGAAAUAAAACAAUUAAAUAUUUCAGAUUCAUUAGUAUCUCUGGGAUUAGCCAAACCGACUCAUCUUUAUAACAAAGGGAGUACCAUAUUUUUGGGAUUCAGCGGAAACUUUAAACCAUCAUGGACUAAGCUAGUCACCAGUCCUGCUGGACAGGGCCUUGGGCUGCGCGAACACUUCAUCCCUUUGCAGCUGGGUGACUACGGCUGCCCCAGAACUGGCACUGUCCGCAGGAAAGACCUGGAACUGUUAAAGCAAACUUCAAAAGCACAUUAGAGACUAACUGUAACUUAAGUGCUGGGCGAAAAAAAUGUGAACUAACUUAUUUAAUUUAUGACAUUUUAAAAUGACACUGUUAACCCAACGGAACCAUUUUCCUAUUUGAUACCGAAAGGGGAGAAAAGAAAGAGUUUAAAGUGAUUGCUUGAAUACCAGUUCAUGCACCUUCUAGUUGUACAAAAUGUUAAAGAGUUUAUUUGUAUUUGUUAGGCUGGUAUAGUCAGAGAGCAGUUCUUUUAUUCCUCACCUUCUACCCCAGUGUUUUCUAGUGAACGUGAGCAGUGUUUUAGCUUUUUGUAUAAUGGAUGGGGUGGGGGUGGGGGCGGGGCUUCUGAGAGUCAGCCUGCAUCCUUUAGGUGGCCAGCUCUUGUAGCACCUUGGAUACUUGAAGUCUGAUGCUUGGUUGUGUCCAUUGGCUUUGGAUCAGCAGUUGACUUGGGUGGCUGACUGGCUUGUCUAGGGCUGCCAAGGGCCCUGCUUCCCAGUAGCCUUUUAAGAUUUUAUAUACUACUAAAUGACAGAACUUUCAGUGGCAACUCAGGCCCAGCUCAUACGCUAUUUUGCCUGGACAUGUGCUAUUUUUAUUCAUUUGUAUACUGAUUCUUUCCAAUGGUUCAGCUUUUCAAACAGGAAGGAUUGGGACAAAAGGGCUUUUAGGGAUUAGACGUCUCUUUAAUCUGCAACUAUUGGGCAAAAUAUUCAGCCUGCAUGAAGGUCUGAGGUUGUCGGGGCCAUUUUUGCAGCUUUAACCCUUAGUCUGUUUCGCCUGUAUAUUUGUGUUUAAAAUGCAGAGCUAAGCUGAAUAUUUACAUUUUUUUAAAGAAGCAGGCUGUUUUCCUGAACCAUAAACUUGUGUCAUUUCAACUUGCACAAAGGAAGUCUGUUCAUGGGGUUGCUCCUGCACCCAGCUUUUUAGUUGUGAUUUCUGUGUGUGGAUUUUUCUUUAAUGCUUUUCUGUUCACCAUCCUUCCACAAAAAUUGCAGAAAGCUGAAUGAUACCCUCCAAUUUUGUACUUGGGGGAGAAAAAAGGGAGAGUGAUUUAAGGGCCGGAAUCAUGAAGGGGAUAAUUCAGAAAUGAAUCUCUAAUAGCUUUAGAGGAGUCAGCCACUCUUAAAUUGUUAGGACCAUUAGAAAAAGUUGCUGCAGUGCCCUCGUUCCCUUUCCACUGGGUGCCUGCAUCUCCUGCUGCUGAGGAUUCCACGUGGCAAGAGGAGAUCAGCUCCACAGCCUGAACUCAGCAAGAAGAAAGUAUCCAAAUGCAUUUACCUUUUCCUAAAACCAUGUUGCAUGAAGUGUAGUGGAGAGAUGGCCACGGCGAGACUGUUAAAGUAUUUUCCGACUGGUUUUGGCAAGAAGAACAGACAAUUUUCUUUCCUCUACCAAGAGCAAAGGUCAACAAUGACCUGUUGCUGUAUGUCCAGGAGAAAUUACAGAGCAGCUCUGUGACUUCUGUUACUUUACAAAAUGUGCUACCUCAAGUGCUACCAAUAAACCUUUCUAACUGUAAGUGCUCUUGCUAAGGGCACAUGUCUUAAUUAAAGUUUAGGGGUUUUGUUUUUGGGGUUUUUUUUGUAUAUUGAUGAAUGAGAUCUUACCUAUUAAAUAUAUUAUUGGAUCAUG